CAAGUGUGCUUCGGACGUCGAAUAGCGCGCACGUUUUACUUUAAUAAUGAAUUGUUAACUUGUGUUUAUCGUGUAAUCUAUGGAAUGUUUUUGUGACACUGGGUGAGAACAGAAUUCAAAAUUGAAUACUUUAAAGGUCCGAGUGUGUUCGCGUGCGCCAUGCGGCUGCGGGCGGCGCAGUGGCGGCGCGCGGGAUGCGUUUUCGCCGCACUGCUGGCCGCUGCUGCGCUCGCCGCCGCGCUUUCGUGGAACUCCAUAUUCGAAUCUGUUUUCACCUCUCAACUAGCCCUGAAACCAGAUGCAAGAUCAUUCCGUGACUGGGUGGCCCCGACAGUGCCUCUCUUCUUCGAAGUGUAUCUUUUUAACUGGACCAACCCGGAGAGCUUUCCGGAAGAGAUCCCCAAUUUGGUGGAGUUAGGUCCCUACGUAUUCCGGGAGCACCGGCAUCACGUGAACAUCUCUUGGUUUCCGGAGAAUGGUACGGUGGCGUACAUGACACAGCGGAGUUGGCACUACGACGCGGAGGCCAGUAAUGGCACUCUUGAUGACAAUGUUACCAUCGUCAAUGUUAUUGCUGCAUCAGCAAUAUACCGUGCCAGGUAUUGGGGCUACCUCCGCCAGAAGACUUUGUCUAUGGCACUGGCCAUGUUUGGACAGGGCAUAUCAGUCUCCAAAUUGGCUGGGGAGCUGAUGUUUGACGGGUAUGAUGACCCUCUAAUGGAUAUUGCUAAGAACCUUCCCGCCAGCACAACUGGAGGUGCACCCCCAUUGGAUAAAUUUGGACUGUUUUAUGGGAGGAAUAAUUCUAUAGACACCGACGGUUAUGUUGAAAUAACGACAGGCGAGGUUCCCGGGGUCCUGCCAGGUCAGAUAGUUCGGUGGAAUCAUCUUGACCACCUGCCGUACUACGAGGGAUCUUGUUCAAAGAUGGCUGGUAGUGCGGGUGAGUUUAUGCCCCACAACCUGACAGAAGAGUCCCAGCUCGAAAUCUUCAUGGGAGAUUUGUGUCGUACUGUUUACUUCGACUAUUCUGAGACAUGUACUAAUCAGGGGCUCACCUACCAUAAGUAUGAGCUGACUGAAACCAGCUUUGAUUUUUCGCCGCUAACGCCUGACCAUACCUGUUUCUGUGACGAGGAGUGUGGCUGGCGCGGCGUGAUGAAUGUUUCCGCAUGUCGGUAUGGAGCACCCGCCUUCCUCUCUUUACCACACUUCCUACAUGGGGAUCAGGAGCUCCGGGAAAAGGUCCAAGGUCUCAAUCCUGACCCUAAAAAACAUUCCUUCUACUUUGGCGUUGAACCGAAACUGGGUGUACCUGUCGACGUGUCAGCGAGGUUUCAGUUCAACGUGUUCAUAGAACCUACACCUAAUAUUGCGUUGUUCGAAUCGGCCCCACGGAUGCUGUUCCCCGUAUUCUGGGUUCAGCAGAAAGUGAUGAUUGAUAACAAACUGGCAUCGGAGUUGCGAAUGGUGCGCGCUGUAUCGGAUUGGGGUGCCACAAUAUGCGCGUGCGUCGCCCUAACAUUCGCGGGGAUCAUAACACUUGCGUCGUGUUGCAAGAAAUCUCAAUUAAAGAAACCAAAAGAUAUUAUAGUAACGUUAGAGAGGCCAAGGGACGAAGCCGAAAUGAAAUUGAAUCCUAGUGAGAAGCAGUGAGUGUUUGUGAUAUUACAAUUGUAAGGACCUACGUAAGCUCAUUGCUUGGAAGAGGAUAAAUAGCGGAUGUUAUAUUUUAAAAUCUCUACGAUAUUCGACAUUACCUCGGGCAAGUGUGUGCAUGUAUUAAGCGCAAUUUAAUAACCUUAAAAACGAAAUUGUUUAAUUUUUUUUAGAUUGACAAAUGAUUAUGAAACACCAUAACUAACUUAUGUUAAAAUUGGCCGGAUAUCGAAUAUCCUUCAAGGACUACUAAACCUACUAAUAAACUUGAUUUGGCGCUAUUGUUUAUAAUGAGUUUAAUGUGUGUGCUGUGAAGCAAAUUAAAUUGAGUCAAAUACAACAUUCAUGAUAGUAGCUUUCGUAUGAGCAAUAAGCUUUCCCAAUGCAUGUAUUAUUUGUAGCAGAUAAUGCUUAAUUACGCCACUAAAAUAAUUUGGGACCAGGGACCUACUCCUUUGUUGCCCCGAACCCUCCAGACCUCAAAAUCUGGCCCUGGUAAAUAAUUCAAAUUGACAAUUGGCAAACGCUUAAUACACUUGUUAAAGCCACGCUUAAUACAUUGGUGAUCAGUGAAAGGAUUUUCAUACAAUAUUUAAAAAUAACAACGAAAGAUAUCUUUCCUUACCUAAAAUAAACUCGACCGAGUAAUUUAGCAGUAACAAUAAUUUUGUAUGGAAAUCCCGCUGUGUUGAUUAAAAACCGUAAAAAUCUACGAGCUUCUAAAGCUUAAAAUUAAAUAUUUAUUUUGUAAAAUUGAAUUUGUGAAUAUCAUGACAAGUUGCUGUGACUAUAGACUAAUUUACUCAAUAUAAUAUAACAAGUACAUUAAUGUAUACGUUGAUUUUUGUGUUUGUUUUAAUAUAAUGUUUGGUCGUGGUCUCCUACGCCUAUUUUUGAAUGACGCUUGCACAGGAACGCACGCGGCGGCCGAGUAUGCGCAAGGCGAAGGAAACGUCUGUCUUAAAGUUCAGGCGCACGAGAUCGCGGUUUUACAUUCCAUCCCAGGAGAAAGUACACUAUAUGUUAACUAUAUUUAGCUAAUUUUAAUGCUAUGUAAAUAUUUUUCGUCCUUACUGUUAGCUGAAACGAAUAUGUAUAUUUUUAGACGAAUAGUUUGACGUAAGUACACCGAUUGUAGCAUUUUUCAUAGUUUUAUAACAUAUCGAAACCAGGUUUUUAUUAUUUUUUAUAAGUAAUAAUAUAAGCACCAUUUAUCUAUGCGUUAAUGCAUUGAUUUUUCUUGUAUAAAAUUGUUUCUAUCACCACAAUUAAUGAUUUCCACAAGAACAUAUUUUUAGAUUUAUGAUUUUGUAAUGACGGUUCAGUACCGAAAUAUAGACCAAUUCAGCACAGGUCCUCUGUUACUUCCAAUAUCAACUGUUGUCUUUAGGUCAUGUUCACGCAAUAGCGCUGAUUUCCUAAGGAUCGCGCCGUACAAAAACUCGACAUUAAAAUCGGGAUCGCUACUGAAAAAAUGUUCAAGACCAGUUUUUUAAAUUCUUUGUCAAUUUUGUUUGUAAUAUUGCUGUUAUUAGAGAAAUAUCUUAUGGAUCUUGAAACUUUUAUUCAUAUUAAAGGAACCCAACUAGCGUAUAAAUUAAUAACAGAUAUAUUUACUAAUAAAACCUGUACAAUGUCCCCUAUUAUAUGACAUAUUUCGUGUGGAUAUCGGAAAGUAGAUUAAAAUCUACACGAAGUACUUUACGAUUACUGUCUUUUAGAUGAGAUUAUUAUAGAUAUGAACAAAAAUUGAACCAACCUAACAAUUGUAUUUUCUUACUAUGAAUGCUCUUGUAUAGCCUAGAAAGAGUAUGUUUUAUUUAUCAAAUUAAGUUUUAUUCUAAAAGAUCUAGUGGUUGCCGACUGUUCUGACUGCUCAAGAGGCAAUACAUUAUGAUUGUGAUUAUACUAGACAUAUGAUAGCUCUCUAUGUCUUUUUUGGCAAAUGUCAUACAGGGUUAAAAUGCAUUCCAUAACAACGAUGUGAUGUUGAUAUUAAAUUAAUUGUUUUAAG